CCAUGUCCCGACUCGUCUGGAGUUCCUCUAGACCUCACUCAUUUCUUUCCGAUGGGCUCUUAUCCAUGGAAACUGCUAGGUCCAACCUCACUUGAAAUAGACUGCUUAUGAUCCGGCCUCGAGGAGUAAGAAAUCUCGAGUGGGGACUCUCUAGCAGGCAAAGAGGAGAACAUAAAGCCAACAAAAGGAGCGUUGUCUAACGACAAGAUAACCACAAUCGAUCGAUUGGAGAAUCCUCGAUCGAAGAGAGAGUCCGGGGGCCAAUAUCCUUCUGUCGUUUUAACCAGCUUUAUCAGCCGAUUGAUUCUUGAAACAUAUGCAGUUUCCUUUCACCUCAUCUUUGCUUAGGCCGGUAAUGGUUGUCAUUGGGCAAGAGCUAAAUGGAGCUGGCCUAUUAGCAUAUAUCUCGAGAAAGAAAAACUACAACAACCUUCGAUGGCUCCACCUCUAUUGUUUUGUAUAAAGAAAGCCUUCACUUAGAAUCAUCACAACAAAGACCCGGAUAGUUCGAAGAGAAGCAACGUUAUUGGGAGAACAUCAAUAGCGCCAACAUGAUCCUGAGAAGCACCAAGAAGUUCUUCCAGAAGACCUUCGAAAGCGUCAAAUCUUUUCUCUCGGGUCCCAAUUAUCAAAAGCUACCGAAGGACACUGCGACCCCGAGUCCAUUUGCAUACCCUUGUGGGAAUUAUGGGAAUGCAUGCUCGCAACCUUCCCACGGCGACUUGGACAAUUUCUAUGCAGACUUCUCCAACCGUUGGGACUCUGAGAAGCUGAAGAAGAGGAGGGGCAAGAGGAAGAUUGAGUCGAGUCUAGAUGUGAAGAAGCAAGAGAAGAAAGAAGUUCCAUCGAAGAACAACACUGUCAUUCCCCGAAUGGAGAGUCGGAGGGAGGAUCAUCAUCCUAAAAUGGGCAAUCUCGAUGCCCGUUUCGGAGCAAGAAGAGAUCUUGUUCAAAACUCGAAAAGCGGGAGGGAGGAAAGGAAUAGCUUGGUUGCAAAGAAGCUGAAGGAGUUGGAGAUGAUUGAUGUGAGCAACAUAGAACAUGUACUGGACAUUGAAGAGGUUCUCCAUUACUACUCUCUCCUCACUUGCCCGACCUAUCUAGACAUUGUCGAAAAGUUCUUCAUGGAGUUGUAUGCGGAGUUCUUCGGCUCCCCUGCUCUCAGUUCGUCCCACAAUUCAAAGUCGGGGCAACAGACAGUUCGGGGACAUGCCUAGGCUUCGGAAUUAUGAUGCAAGUUUAACUGUUGGAUAACGAAGAUUAAAGAGCAGUAAAAGUCUGUGCAGUAAUUUUAUUACGAAUAAUUUUGUGAUAUUCUAAUUACCAGCAAUCUCAUGUCGAUCGCUCACGGUCUGUUGGGUUUGGUGUCAUAUGUUAUAGCCAUUUUUCAAUCUUCUUUUUCAUUUGAUUUUCGGAUUUUCUUACUUCGAUGUGGUUGUAAUUCAUGAAUAUCAUUUUGUUGAUGGAUCUCUUUCACCAGGGCAUGGUGCUUUCUCUUUUCAGGUGGCCCCGUUAGUUGGUCCCUUUGCUGUUGAUUAGUCCAUUUGACUUGUUCAAUAAUGUAUCCUCUGCAUUCAACGCAAUGUUUGUUAA